AUGGCUGGUGAAAGCUAUGACAGAGAGGCCGUCAAGGUGGCGGUCCCGUCGAAGGAUCCAAAGAAAAACAUAAAGAAAAGCAAGAGUGGCGAUGAGAUGACGGAAGAUGACAAGAAGAUUCGAGACAACAUCGAUCUUUUGGUUGAGAGAACUUGCGACAGCGAUCUUGGGAUCGUCGCUCUCGCGUUGGAGACGCUUUCCAGGGAGCUGAAAGCUGCCACUUCCUCUAUGACCAGCGUUCCCAAGCCGCUCAAGUUCUUAAGGCCCCAUGUAGAUGGACUCGUCGAUCGCUACAAGGAGCUUCCAGCAGGAACAGAUCUUAAGCGAGACUUUGCAAUGGUGCUCUCGGUGAUUUGCACAACGUGCGGGGAUGCCCGGCGCUUGUCUCUGCACUUUUGUCUGGAGGCAGAGUGCAAGGACGUGACAUCUUGGGGGUAUGAGUUUCUCCGGAACCUCUCGGGGCAGAUCGCCAGCGCCUUCGCGGAGCUGCAGCAGCAGGAUGCCUCGCCAGCUGCCCAGCAGCAAGAGGAAGUGGCUGCUGAUGGCGCUAGGGGCAAAGAAGCGCCUGCCGUUGAGGAGGAUCGCGACGCAGUUGCACCCCAGACGUCCAACAGAGAUGCAAAGGCACUGGAAACUCCGAAGCCUACCGCAGGCCUUGCCUCUAUAGAGGUGACGCUUCCGACGACAGAGCAGCUGCUGCAGCUGGUGGAGGAGAUCGUGCCUUACUACAUGCAGCACAAUGCUGAGGUUGACGCGAUUGAUUUGUUGACGGAAGUGGAAAGGCCGCAGUCUCUCUUGUCCCUCCUAGACGCAAACAAUUAUCAGCGCGUUGUUGCCUAUCUCCUGAGUCUGUCGAACUACGCGGCUAGUGCCGAGGAGUCUCUGAAGGUGCAGAUGGUCGCCUUCGACGCCCUGAUGCAGCAGCAGCAGCAUUUCGACGCCAUGCGUGUGGCGCUGCGGCUGGGAGAUCGUGGGCUUGUUGACAAGGUCCUUGCGGAUUGCAAGGAUCCGCUGAUGCGACAGCAGCUGGCGUUGCUGUUGUGCCGGCAGCGCGUCGAUGUAGAGUUCGAGGACGAAAAGCUGCAACGUCUGGCGAGUGGCAGCAAAACUUCUCCCUUCUUCCGAAUCCUAGCCAAAGAACUCGACGUGCUCGAACCAAAAGAGCCCGAAGAUGUUUUCAAGAGGCAUCUAGAGGAUCCCCAUGGUCGUCGUGCACGCCUUGCUGGCCUUGAAAGCGCUCAGCAGAAUCUCGCUUCUUCCUUUGUGAACGCCUUCGUCAACUGCGGCUUUGGGACGGACAAAUUGAUGACGGCGGAUGGAAACAGCUGGCUGUAUAAGAACAAGGAUCGAGGACUGCUCUCGACCACCGCUUCCUUGGGUGCCCUUAGCCUAUGGAACGUCGACGAAGCGCUACAGCAUCUCGACAAGCAUCAAUACAGCAACGACGCCAACGUCAAAGCAGGCGCACUUCUUGGAUUUGGAGUCUCCAGCUGCAAUGUUCGGCACGAGUGCGACGCCGCACUGGCGCUGCUAAAGGACCAGCUUGAGGCAACUGAAAUGACAGCGGAUACGCCUCUAUUCAAAGCCGCGGCUGCCAUCGGCCUAGGGUGCGCGUAUGCGGGGAGCUGCCGAGAGGACGUUCUGGAGCUCUUGACGCUUGUAAUCCUGGAUGGCUCCCUGCCUCUGGAGUGUUCGUCCUUUGCGUCGCUCUCCUUGGGUCUGUGUUUCGUGGGGAGUGCUUCGGCGGAUGCAGCCGAGGCGAUCCUCACGGCUCUCAUGGAUCGUUGCUCUGCAGCAAAAGCAAUGGAUUCUCCCUUAGGCCAUUUUCUAUCGGUGGGGUUGGGGCUCGUGUUUCUUGGCACGCGCGAUGCAGCGGAGGGGGUGCUGUGUGCGGUCGCUGCGCUGCCGCAUGCGGCGUUCUCUGCGGCUGCGACUCGCAUCAUUGAGGGGCUUGCAUGCGCGGGCAGCGGAGACGUCUUGAAGGUGCAGCGGAUGCUUGGCGUGUGCGCCGAGUCUCGACCUGAGGGUUACUGGAAGCAGAAGCAAAAGGAACUUAACAGCGAGCAGCAGGAGGAGGAAGCGGCUGUAGAGGACGGCCCUUCUUCAGGCAGUGCCACUGCGUCCACAAGAAAUCGAGGCGUUGCCGGCAGCUCAUCGAGCGGCUCCUCCUCGGGAGCAACCAACACGGCGAGCACCAUGACGCUCGAUGACGACGAUGACCACGUGGAAGACAUUGAUCAAGCUGCUGCGGUCUUGAAUAUUGCGCUUAUUGCAUUUGCGGAGGAGACAGGGGCCGAGAUGGCACUGAGACUCUAUGACCACAUUCUUCAGUAUGCCGAUGUACAUAUGAAACGCGCCGUACCCCUGGCUGUAGCGCUGCAGCACCCAAGCAACCCUAAGCCCCAACUCAUUGACCUCAUGAGCAAACUCUCCCACGACGCUGAUCCGGAUACCGCUCUCAAUGCGAUUUUUGCGAUGGGAAUCCUUGGUGCUGGAACUAACCAUUCGCGCAUCGCUUCGCUCCUCCGUCAGCUUGCCUCUUACUAUGGAAAGGACCCCAGUGCGCUGUUCGUGGUUCGCCUUUCACAAGGCUUGCUCUACUUGGGGAAGGGCCUGCUGCACAUCGGCACGUUGCACUCAGACCGCCAGGUCGUCUGCCGUGUUGCUCUGGGGGCGUUGGCGAUUAUUUCGUACUCAGCUCUCCUGAUGCGCCAUACUAUCCUCGGAAAAUUCCACUUUAUACUCUAUUACUUGUUCCCCGCGGUACAACCUCGGUGGCUGGUAACUGUUGCUGAGCGAGUUGAGGGGGUGACAGUGGAGGAAGAAAGCGACGUUAGGGACAAGACUAAAGAAGAAGCUACAGUGCAGAACGAUGCGGAAGUAGCAGGUGCUGAUGCUGCCAUGGAGACAGACGAGGCCCCACGUGAGAAGGCUCCCGUUCUCGAGAGUGAUGAAGACCUCAAGAUGCUUUCCAUCCCUGUCCGCGUGGGAGAGGCCGUUGAUGUCGUAGCGCAGGUUGGCAGACAACCGAAGACGAUCACUGGUUUCCAGACGCACACGUCGCCGGUUCUGCUCAACUUCAGUGAACGCGCCGAGUUGGCGACUGAUGAGUAUUUGCCAGUUGGCCGUGUCCUAGAAGGCAUCGUCUUGCUCCGUAAGAACCCAGAAUACCAGCCGCCAAAGGCCCCGUAA